AUGUCGAACCUCAUCCCGUCCACAUUCCGGAGUACGCAAUCACAAGCUCCCGUUCGUUCGGGCGACUCUCCCGGCGCACUGGCCUCGACCGAGUGCGAAUUUUGUCGUCUCAGCGGCACCGCGACCUUUGCCUUCGUCAGUCUGUACGCCUUCAACCAGGCUCGCAAACCUCCCUAUAGACCGCUGGGGAGGAUUGUGGCCGUUUUGGGGGGAACAGGUGCGUUUGCACAGGUUUGACGAGGCGAACGAUGUCAUGUGCUGACCCGGCCCAUUUUAGGUUUCUUGGCCGCUGCGGUGGGGAGAUGGAAUGUCGUUCAGUCGACACCACCGAAACAAGAUGAACCAGUUACGUCUCGGCUGUGA